AUGACUUCUGAAGAAUGCACAAUUGAAGUACAUGUUCGUCGAACAUGUGAAUUUAUUUCAGUUAAAGUUAUUCCUAUGGUAACAACUUUUGGUGAUAUUAUUAAGAUAAUAUGUGAAACAAUCAGCGAACCAGAACCGAGUCAUUAUUAUAUAGCAAUGAAUAAUGAGUUGGAAAUGGAGAAUCAUUUGAUAGUUCAACCACAUCUUAUGAAUCAAAAGUUUGAGAUGAUCAUGAGAACAAAAUGGCUGUUAGAAAUUAUCGCUGAACAACAGAUGGGAAGACAAUAUGUAAAAUUACCAUCUGUUUCGCUAGUUACUAACCAUGAAAUCCCAGAAGAAACAACAACAACAGAUAAUUCCAUACCAGCAUCAGUUCCGAUAGUUACUACUCAUGAAAUUCCACAAGAAACAACAACACGAACAGAUGAUUCUAUACCAACAUCAGUUCCGGCAGUCACUACCCAUGAAAUUUCACAAGAAACAACAACAAGAACAGAUGUUUCUGUACAAACAUCUAUCAUUUCUGAACAUAAUGAGUCAACAUUAGAAAAUGUUGAUGAACAAAAGAAAGUCAUUUUGGGUGAUGUUGUUCGAUCAACUAUUAGAAGAAUACCAAGACAAGAUGUACAAAAAUAUCUUCAUAAAGCUCUCGACAAAUCUUUUGAUAUUCUAUUAAUGGGUUCUCCUCGUGUUGGCAAAAGUACAUUGAUUAAUGCUAUUCUUAAAAAAAGUAUUGCUGAAACUAGUGCUGGACGUAAUGCAUGUACAUCAACAAUGACUUAUUAUGAAUAUAAAGAAUCUUACACAUCAUCAACUGAUGAUAAAUCAACUAUAACAUCGAAGUGUUCAAUAAGAAUUUGGGAUGCACCAGGUAUUGAAAAUUGGACACAACUAGAUAUUGCGAAACAUUUACAAAGCUUAGUUAAAGAAAAAAAUCCAAUUUGUUUAAUCUAUUGUGCAUCACCAGGUUCCGCUUUUGAGGUUGAACAUGUUAAAACUGUUAUUGAGCAAUGUAGACAACUGGAUGUAUUUAUUGCAUUAGUUGUUACUAAUAUGUAUGCUUCCGAUGAAUCUGGAUAUAUUUUAGAUACUUUCAAAACUCUUCUUACUGAUCAUAGUAUACAAACUAGAAAUAUUGACGAUGUCUAUUAUUAUGGUACUAUUGGCCUCUGCGCAGCAGUUAAUUCAGUAGAGUAUGUAUCACAUGGUAAAACAAUGGAACCGGCUGGUAUUGAUGAAUUAAUGAUAGGUAUUAUGAAUUCAUUAAGCGAAGAAAAAUUAUUACAAUGGUGUUUUGCAUUAAUGGAUAAUGGUCCGUUUUGGAUUAGAGCACAAAGUAGAAUAUGGAAAACAUUUAAUUCUAUGAAGCGUUGGUUUGGUUAUUAA